AAUGGACUGACUUUGCCUCUUUCUCAAUGACAAGGAUCAGCAGAGCAAAUUCCUGGCUUUUACUGCAAAGACUAUAUACUAACACAUUCUCAGACACAAUACAACAACAAAGAAAGAGAUAGAGAGAGAGAGAUUAAUGGGUGGAAUUCUUGUGUAUAUUCUAUUUUUUCUCUUUAGUUUACUAUGGUAUAUCACUAAAAGAAGAAACAAGAAAGAACUCAGUAAAGGGGUUAAGCUUCCUCCAGGUUCAAUGGGUUGGCCAUACAUUGGAGAGACACUUCAACUCUACUCUCAAGACCCAAAUGUAUUCUUUGCAGACAAACAGAAAAGAUAUGGAGAAAUUUUCAAGACCCAUAUUCUCGGUUGUCCUUGUGUCAUGCUUGCUAGCCCUGAGGCAGCUCGGUUUGUGCUGGUGACCCAAGCUCACUUGUUCAGACCGACGUAUCCCAAAAGCAAAGAACAUCUAAUAGGCCCAUCAGCCCUAUUUUUUCACCAAGGAGAUUACCAUUUGCGUUUAAGAAAGCUGGUUCAGGGCUCCUUGUCUCUCUUUGCACUUCGAAACUUAGUUGCUGACAUUUCUUCCAUAGCAGCUUCCACUCUGGAUUCUUGGGAUGGGGGGCAUGUCAUUAAUACCUUUCAAGAACUAAAAAAGUUUUCUUUUGAGGUUGGUAUACUAGCAAUUUUUGGGAAUUUGGAGUCUCAUUAUAGAGAAGACCUGAAAAAGAAUUAUAGAAUAGUAGAUAAGGGCUAUAAUUCCUUCCCAACAAGCCUGCCUGGAACUCCUUACAGAAAGGCACUGAUGGCAAGAAAGAGGCUAAGCAAGAUUCUGAGUGACAUCAUAAGUCAAAGAAAGGAGAAGAAAUUACUUGACAAUGAUCUUUUGGGUUGUCUUUUGAACUCCAAAGAUGAACAAGGAAAUGUCUUAACCGACGAUCAAAUCGCCGAUAACAUUAUCGGAGUUCUCUUUGCUGCUCAAGACACCACGGCCAGUGCCAUGACUUGGAUUGUCAAGCACCUUCAUGACAACCCGAAACUUCUAGAGGCUGUGAAGGCUGAACAGAAGACAAUAUACGAACUGAAUGAUGAAGGUAGUCAGCCGUUGAGUUGGGGUCAAACCAGAAACAUGCCUCUGAGUCACAAGGUUGUGUUGGAGAGCCUAAGAAUUGCAAGCAUUAUAUCUUUUACCUUUAGAGAAGCUGUGGCUGAUGUGGAAUAUAAGGGGUACCUGAUUCCCAAAGGUUGGAAGGUGAUGCCUUUAUUCAGGAACAUUCAUCACAAUCCAGAAUAUUUUAGUGAUUCUCAAAAAUUUGAUCCCUCGAGAUUUGAGGUUGCACCAAAACCUAAUACAUUUAUGCCAUUCGGAAAUGGAGUCCAUGCUUGCCCAGGAAAUGAGCUUGCCAAGCUGGAAAUGCUUAUUAUUACCCAUCAUUUGGUGACCAAGUUCAGAUGGGAAGUGGUAGGAUCUCAAAAUGGGAUUCAGUAUGGCCCAUUUCCAGUGCCUGUGCAUGGACUUCCAGCCAGAUUUUGGAGAGAAUCCACCUCCUGCUAGCAUGGAUGCUCAGGACAAUAAAGCUGAGAUGCCAUCAUCAUUAUCAACUUCUUUUAACAAAUAUAAUUGUAUUUGCAUUUUCAUUUCUCAUAUUUCUUCCUUAGGAUCUAGCCAUUCCCAAUUAAGACUUUAUCUGGGGAAAUCAAGAUUUUCCCCCCUCCAUUUUUAUUUUAUCCGAAUUAUUAUUCAACUCUCUUUAUAUAUAAAUAUUAUGUAUCUUUUCUUUA